GACAAUGUGUUCUUAUAAGCAGUCAUCAGAGGAUGAGCCCUGCUCCAUCACAUAUCCCAAAGAGGUUCAUAUUCAAAGGACUCCUGUGGAUGAACCAGGCCGUGUCAGACUGACCUGUAGCACCAGCUGUCCUCUGGUUAACUCCCAAACUGCCUAUAGGUGGUACCGAGGUGCAUACUCAUACAGACACACUAAGAGUCAACAUUUUUCAGUUCCUCGUUUCUCUGGUACAAAAUUAUCCUGUGCUGUAAAAGGCCUCGAGGAUCUGCGCUCUGCUGAAGUCUGUCCUGAUGAUAAGAACUGCUGGAGUGUGAAUUAUGUCAACAGGAGAAUCUGCGCUCUGGAAGGUUCUUCAGUGAACAUUACAAGUAAAUAUUCCCAUCCCAAAAACCAGAAGCCACAGUCCAAAUUAUGGUUCAGAAUAAAGAGAAGUAGUGAGGAGGAGGAUGAAGAGCUGAUUGAGGCUGCAGGUCGUGUGUGGUAUCAUGACAACAAAAGGAACGUCCACACCCUGAGAAUCAAAAACCUAAAGGAGAAUGACUCAGCAGAAUACAGAUUCAGACAACAGCAAUAUGACAACAGAUGGAAACAACCUGCCUUUCCUGGAGUAACUGUGAUCGUCACAGGUCUGAAAGUGAAGUUUACUCCUUCUGCAGUGGUGACAGAGGACCAGAGAGUCACACUGACCUGCAGUACCAGCUGUCCUCUCACUGACAACACAAACUACAUUUGGUUCCUCAACAGUCGACCUCUGACCCUGACAGAGAACCAAACCAAACACCUGGUGCUAGACCCAGCCAGCAGUCAGCAUGCAGGAAACUACUCCUGUGGUAUCAAAACCCAGAGAGACAUCACGUCCCCUGAAGAGACUCUCACUGUCCAGAGUAAAGCAGGAAAAUGGACACCAGCAGCAGCUGCAGGAGUCUGUGCUGCUCUCCUGCUUUUAAUACCCCUCACUGUCUUCUUGUGGAUUAGAAGAAAGAAGACUUCCAGUCAAUCUCCUCCAACUGAAACGUCAGACAACAUAGAGCAGAUAAACUCUGGUUCCCUGUAUGACGAAAUCUCCGCUCAACCAACAGAGCAGGAUGAGCUUCACUACAGCAGAGGCCACUUCUCCAGGAACCAGACGGAUCCUCUCUACUCCACAGUCCAGCGACGUCCGCCCCGACAACAGGAGCAUGUGCACUAUGCUGUUGUCAACUUUAGACAAAGCAGGAUCCCUGCAUGAACGUUUAUUAUCAUUACAAAGGCUUCAGACUUUGUGACCUUGCUCUCACAGACAAGUAGCAGUUAAACAAGUCUUAAAAACACUCAAAAACAAACUGACACAUUGCAACUGUUACAAGUACCAACCCUCACCUCCCAUAAUCUAGAAUUUUCUCUGUCUAAUAAGCUGAG